AUGUACUUUCAUGGAAUUUUACAUCUUGGUUUGGCUCUGCAUGCACAAAAAAGAAGACUAUAUAAGGUGUCUUUGAGUGUGAAUAAAGGAGUACUCUCCGUGGAGGAUCCUCUGGAUGGAGAUCAGGUGGAGGGACAGGGUCGGAGUAAUCUGACCAUCUCAUCCAGCAACCUCACACAACUCAACGAUCUGCUCUCCAGAGUGACCUACACCAGCACCAUCUACCACAUCAAGACUAAAGAUCUGGUUAAUUUUUCUUUUGAGGAAUAUGAGGCCAUAUUUUCCAUUGUGAUCAAGAGACCAUCAGUUCCUGUUCUGUAUGACCCAGGGACAGAUAUUAACUCACAGGUGACCAUAACAACCAAGACCUUUCUGAGAUAUGACGAGCUGAACAUCCUCAUCAACAGCAUCCGACAGUUUUACCCUGAAAUCAAGAUCAUCAUUGCAGACGACAGCCUGGAGCCGCAAAACGUGACUGGUUACAACUUAGAGCAAUACAUUAUGCCUCCUGCACAGGGCUGGUUUGCAGGCAGGAAUCUGGCUGUUUCUCAGGUCACCACUAAAUACUUCCUGUGGGUUGAUGAUGACUACAUGUUCAAUAACAAUACACGGAUUGAAAGCUUUGUGGAGAUAAUGGAAAAAGCUCCAGAACUGGAUGUGGUUGGUGGUGCAGUGGAAAGAAAUCAGUUCUUUUUCCGCCUUCAGUACGAUGAAGGGGAUGGAGGAGGUGGUUGUCUCAGACGUUUGCAUAGGAAGAAGAUGCAAUCAGUUCCAGGCCUUAACAGCUGCAUCUUUGUAGAUGGGGUCGUCAACUACUUCCUGGCACGGACAGAUGCGGUGCGACGGGUUGGCUUUGAUCCAUUUCUGAAGCGGGUGGCUCACACUGAGUUUUUUCUAGAUGGUCUUGGAGAUUUGCUGAUUGCCUCUUGCAAAGGACUUUCAGUCUCCCAUCAGAAGAAACGCAAGCAAAGCAAUUACAGGCGCUUUAGGUUUCCAGGACGAAAAGAUGGAAGAAACAAACUGGCCCAUCAUUAUUUCAAGAAUUAUUUGAAAUGCAUCAGGUACUGAGAGACUUUUGAGGAGAAGGGUGACCAUUCUCCCACUGAGACCAAACUGAAAACUGGAACUCAUUAAAGGGGUGGUUGAUUGCGAUUUCACUUUUUGAACGUUAGUUAGUGUGUAAUGUUGCUGUUUGAUCAUAAACAAUAUCUGCAAAGUUGCGGCGAUGAAAGUUCAAUGCAAACAGAGAUAUUGUCUUUUAAAAUUCUGGCAGUUUAAUGCCUACAAAAACGGCUGGUAAGGGACUACAGCAAACUACUUCCCGGGUCUGAUACGUCACGAACCCAGAUAAACCCCGCCCCCGGAAACAUGUAACGAAGGGGGCGAGGCCAUGCUGCGCUGCUUUAGAGAAGAGGAAGAGAAAACUAGGGGUGCACGUAAAAAUCUAUUCAUGUAUGAAUCGCAAUUCUGUCUUCUAACGAUUCUAAUGUAUUCACAAGUUUCAAAAUCUUUCGUUCUAAAGCAGCGGUUCUUAAUACUGUUCCUCGCGUCGCCCUGCUCUGCAUCUCUCUCUCUCUUUCUCUCAUUCAGAUCAUUAGAUCAGCUCCAACAAACUGUUCCAAUUAUACACUUAUUUUCACAUAGCAAUGAGAAGCGUUAUACAUGGACUCGCGUGCUGUAUUAAAGCUUUAAUCAGAAUAAAACCGUAUAUUAAAAGCGAACAGAAGCAGUAGCACUUACAAAUAACAGCAUAUCUAAAAGUAUGAACCAACAACAAACAAAACAAACAUACCAUUAAGAGCCGUGCUUGCACAGGUUCUGCGCGAUCCUCUUCAAUAUCCUCUACAUCUCAUUCGGGCUCAAAUUGAUAAGCAAUAUAGACGACGCCAUUGUUUACAAUACAACCGGAGGACAUGCCGCUGAGCUGAGGGGCGGGAUGUUUAGAUGCGCACUAGAGGCGGUUUAGCCAAUCACAGCACACUGGACCAGCUGACCAAUCUCAGCCCAUUGCGUAUUUCUGAGGGAGAGGCUUCAUAAAACCAGGAAAUAAUCGGGACGUUUAUCAGAGAAGGGACAGAGUGGUGUAGAAUAAAGGUAAAUUAUGUGAAAAAAUAAUGCAUUUUUAAAAAAACGAAGCAUGAGCACAUGUUUGACUGCACCCUAUAAACACAAUCAAACCUAGAAAAAAACCAGUCAACCACCCCUUUAAAAUGAAUGUAUAUGAACAAAGGUUCACCUCAGAUGUGUUUUGGUAAAUUGGUUAAAAAGUAAAGCAAUUCAGUCAGUGGAAUCAGCAUCAACAAAAGCCAUGAACCAAGUUUGUGUCUUCAGGAGAAGAACUGAUUUCAGAGAAUGAAUAUUUUCACUAUAUGUAUUUAAUUUUUAUCAUAUUUAUUACUGUGGGUUACUGUUGUGAAAAAAAAUGCAUUUAAUAUAUUACAGCACUAUAUAUAUGAUUGUUAUGUGCAAUAAACUUUCUUUAUUUGUUUGAAAUGUGAAAAAUGUUUACAGAGUGAAUUAAAAUUCACCCUUAAAUUGAGCUUGAUAUUUUUAUCAAAUUGCUUUUCAGAGGGGUUAUUAAUCUUUUAUUAGUAAAAUAUUUACUUUUGAAGGGUAACUUUUUUAGAAGUUGUGAAGAAGUGAAAUGUUACCAAACUUUGAAGGAAGGUUUUCCCUGUGCCUAAAUGAGUUCAUCUUAAUUAUGUGGAUAAUUAAUGUUGUUGUUGCCUGGCAACAGAUAUAGAAUGUACAAUUGUGAAAUGCAUGUUUUGGAAUUUCUGCUUCUUUGACUUUUAUUUAUAAAAAAAAAUAAAAAAAAUAAAAAUUCACUA